UCAACACACCAGCGGAGGGAAAAAGGUAAGAAUGAAAAAUACUUAGGAGAAGCAAAGACAGUCAUUAGAACAAGGGGAAGAAAGGCAGCAUUUCUUAAACCAUGGCUACUGUUUAGAUUAAUAGGAAGAGACCGGAUAACUGGAACGGAAAAUGGCUCCUUCAGCGACCUUUGGCGUGCACAGUGCCAUCCCCGAGAAUGAACCUUAAAAAUGGAUAUGCUCAAAAUAUUCAUCAAGGAAAGAGGGAGCCGGCAGCUGACAGCCAGUUCAGAGAGAAGCAAUGUCUAUGUACUAACAACCUGCAAACGGGAUAUGCUAGAAUAAGAGACCUUCAAGCAAACUCACCUGAAACAACACUGUUGACAGACAAUUGCAGAGCUUAAAAAUGCCACUUUUUGGCUGGAUGAAAUGGUCAAAAACUGAUUCCUGCAAACCCACAAGAUGUCCUGGAUCAGAAGUAGUUACAAAAACCCUAUUGAGGGAGUUGAAAUGGCACCUGAAAGAGCGUGAAAGACUAGUGCAAGAGAUUGAAAAUGAACAGAAAGUCCAGAAAACGGGCAUGGAUUACAACUGGCUCAAGAACCAAAACCCUCAAGCAACAAUUCCAGCUACUGAGCAACGGCAGCUCGAAGUUCUGUGCUCACAAAUCCAGCCUUGCCAAACAGGAACUGUUCUCAGCAGAUUUCGUGAAGUUUUGGCAGAAAAUGAUGUUUUACCCUGGGAAAUAGUCUACAUAUUCAAGCAGGUUUUAAAAGAUUUUCUUACCACCACUGAGAGAGAAAACCAAGCAGAGCAGCUGGUAGAUGCAUGGAAUACAAAUUGCUCUGAACAUUUCAGUCCGCAUGGCAACAGCUCCAACAAGUCGGACAAAGAUGAAAUCCCCACGGUUUCAAGUUAUGUCGACAAAAACACACAAAGCAUGUUUCCCACCUUCUCUCACAGAAUCUGGAAUCUACCCUAUUACUACCCAUCAAGUUAAGUUGGUUUGUGUUACUUUCAAAAAGUUAUGUAGCCACCCGCAUUCCUUUCUUGUAAUUGCCAUCCAGACACAUAAGAGUAAGAAAUGUGACAUGCUCCCCUUUUUAUUCCAAGUUCAGAUAUUAAAAUCCUUUGUAAUAGCUAGUAUGCAGUAACUUUAAGUAUCAACUCACCUUUUAUUGUUAUAGCUUCUUAGAGCUGUUGUGUUUGAAGCCAUCUUUUAAUCAAAAAUGUAGAUGUUUCUGAAAAAAACUCUGAAGCAUCUUAAUUUUUAGCCACAUAGAGCUAGAAGUAUUUAAACAACAAAAAAAGAUUGCUUUCCAUAUUUUGAAACAGCAUCAAUCCACAGUGUUAGACAAAAACUUCUGUGUUUGUCACAUAGCUUUUAGGCUCUAUAGGAACUUUAUACUGUGUAAAAGAAAUGAUUUAAUAUAAUUAUCAGUUGUAUCAAAUAAACUGGUAAAUACUU